AUGCCUUUGCCAUUAAUAGACGUGCUCCCAUGCGUCGUCGCCAAGACCAGCCGCCUUGAGGCUGCGAGAGACAUGUUCGAAAGCUUCUUUUACUUCAUCCUCGAUGUUUUCAGGGAUCGAACCGUCGUCUUUGAUUCCAAGCUGACCGCCAACUAUGAUUCGACUGGCAUUCGGUGGCACAACCACGGCAUGCGAGAUGCCAAAGUCCUGGGCUGA